GACCUCGGCGGCUCCGCCCGCCAUCCCGCGGCGGACGCGCUCGCGACCGAGCGGGCCCGCAGGGGCGAGACCGAGGAGCGGGCGACGCAGCUGGAGCGGCAGGUCGCACAGGCCGAGCGCCUGGCCCACGCCCACCGGCGCGCCCUGCCGGCCGCAGGCGGCGGGCAGCCUGAGCGCGAGCACGCCGGCUGGCAGCAGCGGGAGCUGGGCGGCGUCGCCGCGGAGGACUGCGUGUCGCUGCGGCUGCUGCUGUCGGCGGAACAGCGGCGGAGCGCGCGGCUGGGGGAGCAGGUGGCGACCCUGGAGCGGGAGCGGGACGGCCUGAGGGGCAGGCUGGCGGCAGAGGAGGACGCGCGGCGGAGGCUGGACCAGGCGGUCGCCGCGCUGCAGGAGGAGCUGCAGGCUGGCCGCACGGACGGGACGGCGGGCGACGCUGCACGACUGGAGCUUCAGCAGGCGGCGCCCCUGGAGAGCCUGUCUCUGCAGGCCCAGCUCGUAGCCGAGGAGAGCAAGGUGCACGCGGAGGCCGAGGAGGCCGUCGAGCUCCAGUGGCGGCUGCAGUCCGCCGAGGAGAGCCUGGCGGCCUGCGGGCUGGCCCGCGCCGCGGCCCUCGCUGAGGCGAGCCACGCGCAGGGCGGCGGCCUGCAGCGGCGGGUGGCCAGCCUCGAGCAGGAGGUGGAGCGCGCCCGCAGCCAGGAGAUGGCCGCCCUUCAGCAGCGCCUCCGGGCCGUCAGGGCGGCCUCACUGGAGGAGUGCCGGUCGCUGGUGCGCGAGUUGCAGGUGUCGGAGCAGCGCCGCACGCAGGAGGCCACCGAGGCUGCUACCUUGAGGGGCCACUUGGACGCGCGAGAGGCUUGGAGGUCGGGCGGCCCCGCCCGCGACGCGGCGCCCUGUGGCCAGCAGGAGGAGCUGGCGAUCUGCAGGCGGAAGUUGGCGGAGGAGGAGGGCCUCCGCGCCGCCGGGGCGGCCGCGGCCGCAGCCGCGGCCCGCGCCUGCGAGGAGGAGUGCCGCGAGCUGCUCAGCCAGCUCGUGUCGGAGGAGAGCGCCUGCUACGCGGAGUCGCUGGAGGUCGCCUCUCUCCGCUGGCGCCUGGCGGAUGCGGCGGCCGGCCAGGGGACGGCAGCGCUGGCCCAGGUGGGCAGCGUGCAGCUGCACGGCAGCAGGCUGGCGCAGUUGGACGAGGCCACGCAGCGGCAGUGCCUGGCGCUGCAGGACAAAAUCGAGCGCCUGAGGCCGAUGGUCGAGGCGAUCGCGGAGCGCGAGCGGCUCUGCGGCGGCGGCGAGCGUCGGUGA